AAGACUCAUGAUCACUUCUCAUGUUGUUAUGUGUAUACAUGUUACGUGAUCUUAGGGUGUACUGACAAACAAUUAUAAACAGAAGACAUGUACGUGCGUGGAAGGUUUAACGUUAGAUGUUACAGCUCGCGAUAAUCCGAUCCGUAUGUCAACUUUUAACUUUUCAAAAGAGAAACUUCACAUCUUUAUAGAAACCCAAGACUAAACACUUGGUUUCAAAACAUCUCUGACUGUUCUGGUCUGCUUUAUUACGAAUCACGAUGGCUUUCUUAGUAGUCGAACGAGUCCAUAGCUUGUUUGUUUCGUGUUUCUUUAAGUAACAACUUUCCAACAGAGAACCUGUGUUUUAUCCUCGAGCUCAGCAUGGAUCACCACCAGACGCUUUUAAACACAGUCAUCGCGUUUAACAAAGUCCUACAGUGUGUUGUUGUUAUGUGGCAGAGAUACCGUAAACCUUACCGUAUUGAAUGUAUUUAACUGACUCAGAUGAAGUCAUGAGCCGUCGAGUGAUUCUCCUGUCUGGAUUCAUUUGUCUCUGUGUGACACAGUGUUGCCCCUCAAGACUGACACACUGUGACAAUGGCAAGACAAAUCUAGUCACAGACCUACCGGGACCUGAAGAGCUUGUGUGUCGAGAGCUCUGGCCACAGUCACAUACGAUUAUCCCUGACAUUGACACAAAACAUAUUAUAAAGGCUGCUGAUUCCAUCUGUAUGGACACACCCAUUACAUACAAUGACAGCAUUCCCACCCAUGGUCCUUACCGGCCUGUUGAGGCCGGGAGUGGAGAGUAUCUCUACUGCCCCCCUCAGCGCUGGCUAAACAACCUCAAAAAUGGAGCGCUGGUGUUCCUCUAUCACCCGUGUGUCUCAGCGGAAGCUCACAGGAGUCUGGGGGUGUUGGCUCAUUCGUGUCUGCCUCAUUACAUCCUCACACCUCACCCGUGGCUCAGCCAACACAGACCUUUAGCUAUGGUCUCGUGGGGUCGUUCACUAGAGAUGUCCCGCAUCACAAUUGGGGUUUGUGAUUGGCUGCUUUCCAUUUCCGCCAAUAUUAGUCAAGCUAGUACAAGCCAAAGAGCAAAGUACAAUCUGUAUUUGACUAAACCAACACCUGUGCACAAACCAGUGAACACCAGUCAAGAGAUGUCCAAAGUGGAGAGAUUAAAGUCUCUUAAACACUGCUGCAUGGAGGCUCUCAGUCUCACUGAGGUACAGAGGACUAGAAGGAAAACCAGAAAAAUCAGAAAUGUCCUCAAACAAUCACCAGAGAAUGUGGAACUGAAAUAUGACGUCAAACCAGACACUCUUAACCGCACAGAGAGUCCAAAACUGAAUCGUACAGACGCACUGCCACAAAACAACACAAAGGAAAUGGCUUCCUUCUCAAUGCUAACUGUUACACAAUCUCUCGGUUCAGCAAAGGACUCUGAGAAGACAAAGACAAUUGAUGCAGAGAAGCAAAUUUUACAGAAUAAAGUGACUGAAAGACACAAAUAUCAAAUAGACAGAAAAACGCACAGGAAAACUAUAGCGGAAGGUACGAGGCAUCGCAUCAAGACUGACACAAAGGCGCAGAGAUCUGGAUCUGAGUGCGGGGAGCUUGGACAGUGUGGAGUCCCAGACUCUGUGUCUCCUCAUAUAGAAGGUCCGCUGAGGAGGGAGAAGAUACCCAUCCCACGAACCGAUGAGGCCGUGUGGGCAGCAGGCGCUCUGGGCUUCCUCUUAGUGCUUCUCACCCUGUCUGUGCUCCAUACACGUCUCUAUCGCCACUGCCGAUCUUCCACCAGUCUCUACUGGCGCGACAACCAGCAAGACUAUGAGAACGUGGGUGACAUCAUCCGCCGAAGGCUUAGGAUGGUUGGCCGGAGGAAGAGGAGAAGCAGCCAGAGCAGGAGACAGGAAUCUGCGCUGUUGCACUCCAGCAAUGAGGAGAACUCUGACUAGCUGAGAGGAUUGGUGAACACACACGCUAUUUGACUUUUGUCCCGUGCAGGCUGCUGAUUCCAUCUGGAUGGACACACCCAGUACUUACAAUGACCGUAUUCCCACCCAGUAAGCUAUGACUCACUCUCAGAUCCUGUACUUGUCGUAUCUGGAAUAUCUGCCCAAUCAUGUGGCACUCAUUGAGUAAAUAUACAUUUUCUUAUGUUCAUAACUCAGUUUUGACGCUGAAGAGAACUUGUCCGUUCACACAUUCAAAAUUACACAAGACAAUUUCUCUCUGGUAUUUCAUAUAGGGAUACAAUUAAGUGAUAAAAGUUUAUCACUUAAUCUCUACAGUAAUUUUACUAUCAUUCGAUAUACAGUAGAAAUACCUUUUACAUUAGCUGAACGUCUGAUGCAUUUGGCCCACAACUGGAAACACGGAUGGGUUGAAUUCUACAGGAUGUGCGUUAGACGCAUGUCGAGUUCUUUAACAGUCCGCUUGGAAAAAAGAUGACAUGACGCUUGAGCCUCCUCAAGGAAAAUACUUUUUUGUGAAAACAACUGUCACAAUGAGCACUUAUCAGGAUCAACUAAAUGCUGGAUUUUCUAAAGCAUUUUAAGUAUGUAAAGUUUUUGGAAUAAACUCUUUAAAAUACAUGAGUUUUGCACAGUGGACUGUUAGUGUAGGGACAUUUUCACGCCCCUAAAUAUGUCACGGAAUAAUACAAACUGUGAUUAGUUGCUUUACAUGUCAGUCAGACGGCCUCUGGGCGGUCUUUGGCCAAUGUAAGCUGCAAUGGAGUCUAGACUUUCUGCCAUCAGUCUGAUGAUCUGGCUAUGCAAGACUAGGUUCCUAGGUCUCCAGAGAGAAGUGUAUGACGUUUUGCCACGAAGGUCUAGUUAUGACAUUCUGAUUAUACAUUAUGAGGUCUAAAAAAGAAAAAAAUUGAAAAGCAUGCAGGGAUGAACUGUUCACAAUGCAAUCUUUAACAUGCGUUCAGAAAUGUUUCAUUUCAUGACAACUUUAAAAUAAUAUGGAAUGUUUUUGUUACAUUAAAGCAUAUUAUUCCUGCUAGAAUAUUGCACUUUUAGCAUUUUUCCUAAUGGGAGGUUUCUGAAAUGCUGUCAUCGUUUACUCACACUCAUGUUGUUCCAAAACUGUAAGACUUUCUUUUUUUUCUGUGGAACACAAAGAACACAUUUUAAAGAACGUUGAGUAGAGACCUCUCUGGUUCCUCUGGGACUCUUUAGUGAAUACUGCGCUGCACUAAAGUUGAGCAGAUGGAGUGUUAAACAUACUAAUUGUAUUGGUCAGAAAGCAAAAUUGUGAAGGAGUACCAGUCAUAGCAAUUUUGUCAGUGACCUAAUUUUGUGUUUUGCCAAGUUUGCUGCUUCAUUUGUUGUGGUGUUUAUUAACAUUGUUUCUGGAUUACUGUGUAGAGUAAUCAGUGAGGUGAAUAAUUGUAAAAAGCCUCACUGGCCAAUACAAUAACAGACAUAUUUCACAGUGUUUUGGCUCUGGCACAAAAUGACCAGCCAACAUUGCUGAUUGCUAAGAACCAGCUGACCAUCGUCGCUUUGCAUUAAAAUGGCCCCACGAGCAGGGAAAUUGCUGAAAAGAAUAUUGCACAUGAAAGAACCAUUUGCCAUUAGGUCAGCAAUGAAGUCACUGCUGUCUAAGAAAAGCAUCAAGGACAGACUGAAGUUCUGCAGGAAGUACAAUGAUUGGUCAGCAGGUAUUUAUUAAUUUUUCAUAAUGAAUCACAUUAUUCCAUAGUCCAAUGAUUUCUCACUGAAGGAUAAAGGCAUUGUCCAGGCCAUCAUGUGGAUAUAGUCUUGCAAAACCUUGCUCUGUCACAGUUUCUGGUUUAUGUUCCCUGGUGUCCACUAGAGGUCCUCUUUCCCCACGCUGUCAUUCAUUUUUGGAACUGUAUUCCCCACAAUCCUUGUCUGCGCUCAUCACUGUUCAUUGUACUCAGCUGUUCCCCAUCAUGAUUGUCAUAUUCUGUGUGUAAAUACCCUGCCUGUUUACUGUUUGUUACAGAGUACUUGUUGUUCGUCACACCUCAUUGAAGUCUUGCUUGUUUUUGGUUUGUGCUAUCAUGGAUUGCUUAUAUGAAUUUUGACCCUUGCCUGAACUGUUGUGAGUACGGAAUUUCCUAAUAAAUAUUACUGCUAUUUGAACUU